AUUACUCAAUACCCUCCAAAAAUAAUACCAAGGAAUUGUGUAGUGCCUCCUUUGUUUCUAACACUGUAUAAAUAUGAUCAUGACCUUGCACCCUAUUUUUACUCUCUCCCGUGCCCGAAUAGCUCAUGAUCAACAUUUUCUUUAUAGUUAAGUUUUUCCACCUCCUCAUUAGUUUUGUUCCCUUUGAAUUUCUUCUCUUUGGGUAUUAAGAAAAAGAGUUUAGAGGUGAAGCUAGAGAUUAAUAGAUAAUUUAAGAGUCAUAUUUAUGGCUGAUGCAUUUGAUGAAGAGUGUGAUUAUCUCUUUAAAGCUGUUCUGAUUGGAGACUCUGGAGUUGGGAAAUCAAAUCUUCUCUCAAGGUUUGCAAAAGAUGAAUUUCGUUUGGAUUCCAAACCCACCAUAGGAGUGGAAUUUGCUUACAGAAACAUCAAGGUUGGAGACAAACUCAUCAAAGCUCAAAUAUGGGACACUGCCGGCCAAGAAAGGUUUAGAGCAAUCACAAGCUCAUACUACCGAGGAGCCUUAGGGGCAUUGCUAGUGUAUGACAUAACCAUGAGAUCAAGUUAUGAGAAUGUGAGCAAAUGGUUGGUGGAGCUGAGAGAGUUUGGAGGCCAAGACAUGGUGGUUGUUCUGGUGGGAAACAAGUGUGAUCUUGACCAAUCAAGAGAAGUUGAGAAAGAAGAAGGAAAAGGGUAUGCGGAAACAGAAGGGUUAUGUUUCAUGGAAACCUCUGCUUUGAAGAAUCUGAACGUUGAGGAAGUGUUCUUGCAAAUGAUCACAAAGAUUUAUGACAUGACCAGGCAGAAAAGUUUGGCAGCAAAAAUGGAGGAGAAACCUUUUAAUCUUUUGAAUGGGAAAGAGAUUCAUAUAGCUGAUGAUGAAGUGUCUGCAACUAAACAAACUAGCACUUGCUGUUCAAGAUGAGAGGUUUCGUGGGGAAAGUAUGGGAUUUUUUGAGGAUUGAUUCUUCAUAUUUUCUCCACUUCUCAAACAUUUUUUUUCUUCUGAUUAUCGGCCUUCCUUCAUUACAUGAUGGGGUUAAUUUUUAAAAAAUAUACACAAGUGAUGCCUUCUUGGUAGAAAGUAAAUGCUGAUUUUUAUAUCAUACAUGGAUUUCUUUUUAAA